UAGAACGCAAUAAUGAUGGUGGAAGACCUCGGCGUCGAAGCCCGAGAAGCGGCGGUGCGCGAGGUUGCUAAGCUUUUGCCCGUUCCUGAGCUUCUACAAUCUAUUUCUUCGAUCAAGGCUGAUUACAUUUCGCGUCAGCAGCCUGCCUUCACCUACCACAGCACAUAGAUGACGUAGUACGAUAAGCUAGAUUGAGUAUUUAGCUCAAAAAUUCAUCCAAAGAAGAUUGAUCAAUGCCUUCAUGCAAAUGAUGCUCAACUUAGCACCAUGGUUGCUGAACAGGUUGAGCAGGCACAAUCUGGAUUAAAAUCACUUUCCUUGUCAGAAAGAACAGUUAACCAACUUCGAGACAACUUUGUUUCCAUUGAGAAGCUAUGUCAAGAAUGCCAAACAUUGAUAGAUAAUCAUGAUCAGAUAAAGCUCCUUAGCAAUGUGAGGAAUAACAUGAACAAGACUCUAAAGGAUAUUGAGGGAAUGAUGUCCAUAUCAGUUGAAGCAGCUGAGGCACGAGAAUCACUAAGUGAUGAUAAAGAGCUUAUCAACACAUACGAGAGAUUGACCGCUCUAGAUGGAAAGAGGAGAUUUGCAUUGGCAGCUGUUGCAUCACAUAAGGAAGAGGUUGGAAGAAUAAGAGAAUAUUUUGAAGAUGUAGACCGGACAUGGGAGACAUUCGACAAGACCUUAUGGGGACAUGUUGGCAACUUCCAUAAACUUUCUAAAGAAAGUCCGCAAACUCUUGUUCGUGCAUUAAGGGUUGUUGAAAUGCAAGAGAUCCUUGAUCAUCAACUUGCUGAGGAAGCCGCUGAGGCUCAGGGAGAUGGAGCGAUGGCAUCGAUUGGGAAUGCUCGUCGAACCACUAAGGAUGGGAAAAGAAAUAAUGCAAUGGCAUCUCCUAAGCGGAAGAUUCAGGGAAAAGGCUACAAGGACAAAUGCUAUGAACAAAUAAGAAAGACAGUGGAGGAACGGUUUAAUAGGCUUCUCACUGAGCUUGUUUAUGAGGAUCAUAAAGCAGCACUGGAGGAAGCGCGGACGAUUGGAGAAGAGCUUGGAGAUAUUUAUGACUACGUGGCUCCUUGUUUUCCUCCAAGAUAUGAAAUAUUCCAACUGAUGGUCAACCUAUACACAGAGAGAUUUGUUCAGAUGCUUAGGUUGCUAAGCGACAAGGCAAAUGAACUUACAAACAUAGAGAUAUUGAAGGUAACUAGUUGGGUGGUAGACUACCAACAAAACUUGAUUGACCUUGGUGUGGAUGAGUCUCUAGCUCAAGUUUGCUCUGAGAGUGGUGCGAUGGAUCCUUUGAUGAAUGCUUAUGUAGAACGAAUGCAAGCUACAACAAGAAAAUGGUACUUAAAUAUCUUGGAGAAUGACAAGACACAACCUCCAAAGAGAACAGAAGAGGGGAAGCUCUACACACCAGCUGCUGUGGAUUUGUUCAGAAUCCUAGGAGAGCAAGUGCAAAUUGUUCGUGAAAAUAGCACUGAUGUGAUGCUGUACAGGAUUGCAUUGGCCAUUAUCCAGGUGAUGAAUGAUUUCCAAGCAGCUGAGAGGAAGAGGCUUGAAGAGCCUGCAUCAGAAAUUGGCCUGGAACCCCUGUGUGCUAUGAUCAACAACAAUCUUCGCUGUUAUGAUCUUGCAAUGGAGCUCAGCAACAGCACUCUUGAAGCUUUACCCCAAAAUUAUGCUGAACAGGUUAAUUUUGAAGACACUUGCAAAGGUUUUCUUGAAGUUGCAAAGGAGGGUGUGCAUCAAACUGUUACUGUUAUAUUUGAAGAUCCAGGAGUGCAGGAGUUGCUGGUCAAACUCUAUCAAAAAGAAUGGUGUGAAGGACAGGUGACAGAGUACCUGGUUGCAACAUUUGGAGAUUACUUUACCGACAUUAAAAUGUACAUUGAAGAAAGAUCAUUCAGAAGAUUUGUCGAGGCCUGCCUAGAGGAAACCGUGGUGGUCUAUGUAGAUCACCUUUUGAUACAGAAACAUCAUAUAAAGGAAGAAACUAUUGAGAGGAUGAGAUUGGAUGAAGAAGUAUUGAUGGAUUUCUUUAGGGAAUACAUCAGUGUAUCUAAAGUGGAAAAUAGAGUUAGAAUACUCAGUGAUCUUCGGGAGCUUGCUUCAGCUGAGAGUCUCGACACAUUCACACUUGUCUACACAAAUAUUUUAGAACAUCAACCCGACUGCCCGCAUGAUGUGGUUGAGAAACUUGUGAGCUUGCGCGAAGGCAUACCAAAGAAGGAUGCUAAAGAGGUCGUGCAAGAGUGCAAAGAAAUUUACGAGAACUCGUUGGUUGGUGGAAAUCCUCCUAAAGCUGGAUUUGUUUUCCCUAGAGUGAAGUGCCUACAAGCAUCAAAGGGAUCCAUAUGGCGCAAACUAACAUAAGAUCCCCCCGUACUGUUGGUUUAGAUUGUUGAUAUAUGCUUCCAGAUUAUGUAGCUUUUUUAUAUAGAUCAUGAUUAUUCAUUUGUUUAUCUGUGUGAAAGGCUCUUCUUUUUAGUUCUUACCUCAGUGAAUGGCCUGUUACGGUAAUGAUGUUCUAAAUUUAACAGUUAGGUUUGUAAUGGAGUGGAAAGUAUCCCAAUUUUACAAAACGCGAAGAAUUUGUUGUGUAGUACUAAGAUCUAUUUAAUCCAUAGGAUACUCAAAUGUAAUUGUUAUUAUGCAAAUUUUUAGGCGCUUCCAGGAGCAUUAUGUUUUGAGUGUGCUAGCUUUAUGUACCGUUUGUAUCUUUUUAAAUAAUUAUAUAUGUUUUUAAAUGAUUAUGCAUUUUUUCAUAA